CUUGAGGCGUGUAUCGAGCGACAACCAGAUAUUCUCCUCACUGAAAUGCAAGAUCAACUGCGGGAGAUUUGUGGUGUCGAGGUUUCAAUUCCAACAAUUUCAAGAACGAUACGUAGCUUUAGCCCGAGAGCCCAAUCGAGUCCUAAGUAUAACUGA